GCAGAGGGUAGAAGUGUUUCACAAUUUAGUGCAGAGUGUGUUUUCUAAAGUAUUGAAGUAUUUAUAUUCUUGAUCAUCUUCGAUCGCCGUAAUUACAUUCUCUAAAAAUCACUUUGCUAUUCUUUUAGAUCUAAAAUAUUUUUUCAAUAGAAAUAGUGCUAGCUACUUAAUUUUUAAUACUGGUCAUAUCAAAUAGAGGAAACAUUUUAAUUCAAACAAAACGUUCACAAAUUUCAAAUACAAUAUUAUGAAACAUUGAAUAAGAACAAAAAUUAGAAAGAUUUUCAGAAUUCCUGUACAAAUACAAUUGGUAACGGGUAUUUCGAAGUCGAGAAUAUUCGAUAGUCGGCUUCUUAGUUGUUUUCGUUUUCGUUUUCCUUUUGAUAUUUAUAUUAUUUUAUUUAGCCACGUUGUGCCACGUUCAACUUCAACCACUUGCCGCCCCGUCGACGUCAUCGCACGCGCCCUCUGCUUGCUCACUAUCUUUCUCUCUCCCUCUCUUUCUCUCGCUCUUUCGCUCGGUGUGUGUGUGUGUGUGUGGUGCCCUUGCUAGUCCGCCCCUGGCAGACACUUGCACAGCCCCGGCUCGCAUCCCUGGGGCCAAGAGGCAGCCAUACAAACAAAUAACAAAACGCAAUCAAAACCAAAAACCAAAAACAAAAAGAAAAAGAAACGGAACCCAAAACUCUUGGUGUCAUUGGCACUCGCGGAGUAUUUUGUUUAAACUUUUUGCCAUUGCACCCUUUCAUCAAGAACUUCCACUUCCACUUCUUUCUUCAUUCUUUGCGCUUUGACAUCGCGUGCUCGUCGUGCAUAUAAAAAAAAAGUAAGGAUACUAUACAAAUGAAAGAAACGACAAAACGAAACGAAAUCAUGAAUCAAACGGAUUAAAGAGAAUCGACAGCGACAACGACAACGACAUCGUAAUCGAAAUCGAAAUGCAAUGAAUCUUAACCGAUUCAAUCUAACCCAACUUAAUGGGAAACGGUUAUUUUUGGGCGCUUGCAACGCAAAGUGAACACAAAAACAAUUGCAAAAAAAAACACGUAUAAACAAAAACAAAAUCUAUGCUUAAAACCCGCUAAUGUUGCACCCACCACCGCUAAACGCAACCGCUCACCGUUCACCACCACCACCAACACCACCACCACUACUACUACUAUUAACACCACCACCAAUACCACCGCCACCGCCACCGUCACCGCCACCGCCAUAUUAUCACUAUUUGCCACCACUUUCGACUACUAAAUAGGCUAAGUAAGCAACUAGCGUAAUAACUAAAAACGAAGAUGCAAAAAAAUCGAAAUGCAAUAACAACACCAAUCAUCAAAAGCCAAAAUAAAAAAAAGAGCACCAGUUGAAACCAGUUGCAAUCCAUACCAAAACAAACAAAACAAAAAUUGAUAAGAGACAUCUACCAAAUUUAUCACGACGUUUAUCAAAAUGUUGCCAACGCUUCCUCCAUUUGCAAUAAAAAUUUCCACGUUUGAUGCGUUCGUUCGUUCAUUCGCUCGUUCGUUCGUUCGUUCGCUCGUUCGUUAUGUUUACCAGUUCAAUUUUAUUGUAUAAAACCAAAAGAGACCAUAUCUAACUAAAGCGCCAACCAGAGACGUUUAAAAAAUACUGAAAAAGAAAACACAAAUAUAAAAAAAACCAAAAAUAAACAUAAAAAUUCUCUAAAGUGUUUCUAAUCUUAACUUCUUCAAAUUCUCUCUAAUAAUAAACACAACACAAAACACACAAAACCAAAACAAAACAAAAAAAUAUCAACAAAAAAAAAACAAAAACCAAACAAAUACCAAUUUAACAAUCAUCAUCCAUACCAAAAAAAAAAAAAUAAAAUAUACAUCGCAGCCAAAAGUGAACUUUUGUCUAAACACAAAGCGCAUGAGCUUUUGUCACAAGGUGUCUACACCAUCGAUUUGUUUCAUGUUGUAAUUCGAGUACUUUUGUUUAUUGGCAACAAUAAUGGUCAGCACAACAUUGACAACAUUGGCUGCUGGACAAACAACUAGUAGCAAUAAUCAUCAUCACCAUCAUCAGCAGCAGCAGCAGCAGCAGUUGCCACAUCAGCAACAGCAGCAGCAGCAGUUGGCAACGCACCACAGCACAGCCAACAGCAACAGCAGCAGCGUGUAUCAGCGUCUACAAUCAUCCAGUGGAACAACAGCCACAGCAGCUUCAGCUGGGGCAACGCAGCAGCAACGCAAUUACUACGCGCUCAACGGCUUAGAGCACGACUGCGACAGCAGCAACAACAGCAACAGCUAUCAGCAUCAGCAACAUCAGCAGCAGCAGCAGGCGCCGCUUAACUUAUCGCAGGCACUGUUGUCGCCAUCGCCGCCGCUCAACGAUCAAAUCAAUCUCUUAUUUCCCAAGUGUAGACCCAAGCAGCAACAACAACAACAGUCUCAGCAACAAUCGUCGCACAGCAGCAACAACCGACAGCAACCGCAGCAACAUGAGAGCAACAACAUUGCGGACAUUGUCAAUCUGAACGCGACAGCAACAGUUGUCGAUAGCAGCAUUGUGAGCAGUAACUCGCCACCAAUUGCCACGCCCACAAGCACGCCAAGCUAUUACAAGAGCGUGAAUAUCAUAACACAAUCACCGCCACCGCAUUCGGCAUCGUCGCACUCCUCGGAAUCGCUGUCUUCGGUCACGCCGCGCAUCUCAACCAAUCCGUUUCUCUGCGCUCCGCUGACGCCGCCAACACCGCCAACGCCAACGCCACCGCAUCGCAUUCACGUGGACAGCGACAUUGAAGCCGAGAGCAACGAGCAACCAUCGCGGGAGCAGCAGCUGCAGCAGCAGCAAGUAGAGCAGCAAGAGGAGGAGGAGGCGCAAUUGCACGAGGAGGAGGAGGAGGAAGAGGAGACGGUGCCAGCAACAGCUUAUCCGGCAUCCUUUUACUAUCACACGGGUGAGAGCAAGCGUGGCCAGAGCUACACACAGGAGAUGCCACGCAAACGCAACAGUAACAGCAGCGCCAUAUCAGCGGGCAGACAACAACAACAACAGCAACAGCAGCAGCAGCAGCAACAUCAUGCGCUGCUCAAUGGCAAUGGGAAUGGGAGCAACAUGAAUGGCACUGCUCAGAAUCCAAGUCAGAAUCCUUUCAUCAAAGAGAACUAUUGGGAAUCGGCGACGCCACGUGCCAACUCGUUGCUUCACUCGCCCACAGAAUACACAGACGAGCAGCAGCAGCAGCAGCAGUUCCAACAGCAACAACUGCAAGAACAACAGCAGCAGCAGCAGCACUUGCAACAUGCGUCGGCGAGGCGUGCGUAUCAUCAGCAACGCGAACAGCUUGGUCCGCAGCUGUAUAGCUUAGCUCAUCGCCAGGCGACGACGCAUCAUCAGCCGGCGGCGCACGUUUUACGCCUCGGUCGCAGUCCCGUCAAUCGCAGCUUUCCAUCAACGGCAACAGCUGCUGCUGUCACAGUCACAGCAUCUACGACACAGCAACAGCAACAACAACAACAACAGCAACAGUCAUCUGUUGUGGGCAAUGGCAAUCCCUGUGCCGAGGGACUCACUCCACUGGCCAGCCACUAUCUCUAUGGCAGCAAGUCAUCGCUGGAUCAACAUGCCGCCGACUGGGAACCGCGUGAGCAGCGGAAGCAACGACUACGCGAGGAACGGGAGCGGGAACGAGAGCGUGAACGUGAGAGGGAGCGUGAAAGGGAACGUGAGCAACUGUUGCUGGAACAGCAGCAGCAACAACACAAUCUGCAGCUGCAGGAGAAUCACCUGAGUCAUCAGCAACAGCAGCAACAACAACAGCGGAAGCGACAUGUCGAGGAUCGAGAACAUCGACUAGUCAAUGGCAGCGCCAAUGAGACAUCUCUGGGCGGCUAUGGAAUCGCCGAUGCGGCCGAGAGUUGGCAGCAUCUGCGUGUCACAACCGAGCCAGAGGAGAGCAAGUGCAGCAAGCUAACUGACAAAUCGCAGCUUCAGCUUCAGCUGCAGCAGCAGCAGCAACAACAACAGCAGCAGCGAGGUGGCCACGUGAUGCUCGAGCCGCACACUCGGCGUCUGCUUGAUGAGGGCAGCGUGUAUCGGGAGCAUAAACUGGAUGCUUGGCAGCUGGAACGCAACUACACGCUGGCCGUGGAGUCGCGACAUGGCAUCAUUGAAUAUGAAGGCUCACCUCGACGCAUUGGCGUCGCGGCCAGCAGCAACAGCAGCAGUCCUGGCAUUGGCCUUGCACCGGACGAAAGCGAACCACCACCAACAAUUGGCACAUUAGCAGCAGCAGCUGCUGCGACAACAGCAGCAGCAACAGCAGCAGCAACAGCAGCGGCAGCAACAGCAGCAUCUAUGGCAACAGCAGCAGCUCCACCUAUGGCCGCUGUGCCACCGAUGAGCUGCAACUCGACAGCAGCCAACUCGCUGCAGCGGACAGCGGCACGUGCGGCACUCGCUGCACUUGCUCAGUGCCAGCCACCGCAGCAGACGCAGGUGUAUCCAGUGCGUCCCGGUUUUCCACAGCGCAUAAUAUCGCCACCACGUGAGCUACGCAGCAGUUCACCGCCAACCGGGCAACCGCAAGCGAUGCAACAACCGCAGCAGCAGCAGCAGCAGCAAUUGCUGCCUCAACAGCUGCAGCAGCAAUUGCAACAGCAGCAGCAGCAGCAGCCCUACAACAACAGCAGCAAUCAUAGCAAUAACAACAUCAACAACAACAACAACAAUAAUAAUAACAACCACAACAAGCCACUGAGCAGCGAUAACAAUGCGGAGGAUACGAGCAAUGAUGUCUCUGAAAUUGGCACCAUAUCCGACCUGACCACGCCCGAGGCGCCCAUCACCGCCACGCCCAAUGAGUUGACGAGCUGUACGGCAGUUACGCCUCCGCCAGUGACAGCAAUCGCAGCACCAACGGCAGCGGCAGCAGCAGCAGCAACAGCAGCUGCAGCAGCUGCAGCAACAACAGCAGCAACAUUUGCUGGCAGCUCAACGACAACAACAAUUGGUGGCACAGGACCGAGUGCGGGUAUCAAUGCAAUGCCAUUGAGCCUGCACACCAAAUCCUCGACCUUUGAUUACCUCUAUGAGUUCUCAGAGACGCGCAAAGUGCUGGAGGAGUUCUUCAAGUGCCCCUCGAACGACGAGCAGCCCAUUAUGGAGAAUGGCAGCGAUGUUGACAGCAUUGAUAUACAGUACGAGUUCCACAGCAACUUUGAGCGCGACGAGGAGGAACUGGACGAGGAAGAGGAGGAUGAGGAUGAUGAGAACGACGAGGUCGACGAUGAGGACGAACGCGUCGAGCUCGACUAUCGCCAGCAACAGCAGCAGCAGCAACAGCAGCAGCAGCAGCAACAGACGUCCGCCUCGGAGAGGCAUGUGUACGGGGCGUAUACGCAACCACAGUCACAGUCACAACCACAGACACAGACACAGCUGCAGCUGCAGGCACAGCUGCAAUCGAGGCCGGCACAGCUGCCGCGCCACUACAGUGGCAGUCCGUUGAUGCGGGACUUUGACUUCUUUCUGGACUCGGCCAGUCGCAGCAGCGGAGAACGUGAUGGCGAUCAGGACGGGCUCAAUCACAAUCAGCUGCUGAGCACUGGCAGCGGAAGCGGCAUCGGCCAGAGUGUGGGCCAAAGUGUUGGGGGCGGCAUUACGGGGGGCCACAACUAUCGCUACUCGCCGGAGACCACCGACUACGAUUCCAACUGUGGCGAUCUGGACAGCCUGUCGGGCGAGAUGAAUGGCGGCGUGUCGACGUCCUGCUCGAACUAUGCCAAGUACUACGCCUCGGCGAUGCCUGUGCUGGAGGAUGGCCUCUCCUCGGGUCACACCAGCGACACUGAGAACAACAACAAUAACAACAAGAACCUGCAACAGCAGCUGGCCCAAGUCGCUCAACAGCAGCAACAGCAGCAGCAUCAGAGUCAAUCGAUGGCUCAGUCCGGCGGACAAGGUCAGGUCUUGGGUCAGGGACAGAGCAGUCUAAGCGCAGCCAGCACCAGCAUUGGCGGCAGCGGCGGCAUCUCCAUGCUGAUGGACAUGAAACGCAUCUCGACCAACAACAGCUUGAACAGCAUGCACAACCUGACCGCCUCCACCACGGACAGCAACGGUCUCAGUCUCGGUCUCGGUGGCCAUCAGCUCAGCCACACGAGCCCCAGCAACGGGCUCCUUAAGCAGCAAUCGCAUCAACAGCAGCAGCAAUUGCCACAGCUGCCACAGCAGCGAGAACUGCUCGGACAGAGCCCCAGCAGCCAGAGCAACAGCAACAGCAAAGUGUUCAAGAACAUUGAUCCGGAGUUGGAUUCGCUCUACUCAAUAAGCGUUUUCCAUCGACCGGACAUGGUGCAGAUGACGCCUCCCCCGCCGGCGCCGGCGCCACAUCGCAAGCCCAACUGCAGUGCGGACGUGGAUCUGCUGCAGACGACGAGCCAGGGGCCAGGCAAGCACACGCCAUCGCUGCAACCAGCGAGCAUGCAACGCAGCUCACCCACCGCCUCCUGCCUGGGCGUUGGCAAGCCGCGCAGUGCGGGCAGCAACUGCAGCAGCAGCAACGGCAUUGUGACAGCAGCAGCAGCAGCAGUAGCGGCGUCAGCAACCACAACAGGCGGUGGUGCACCACCGCCGAUUCCAGAGCGCAGCAACAUGCAGACGACGACGCAACGCUCGCCGUCGCCAGUGAUGAACUCACCCGUUUGGCUGUCGCGGCAUUUGGAUGGCGGCGCUGGUAAAGCGCUGCUCGAAUCGAGCUCCGACAACCACUCGAAGAACCACAGCGCCGACGAGGAGGAUGUGGACACAGAUCUCGAGACGGAUCGAUUGCUGGGCCAUCAGCGACUCGACGAUCAGGGCUAUUACGAUGAGAACAAGAGCUGGGAGCGCAAGCCGCGCACAUCGCUGCUCUCGAAGAUCUCGCCGAAGCAGCAACAGCUGCCCAGCACCAAGACACGCAACGGCUACAAUGCGCUGCUCAGCUCGACGCCCGAACUGCCGCCACCGAUACCGCCCAAGAGCUCGGCCAGUCACAGUGCCGCAGCGGCUGCAGCUGCAGCUGCGUCGAAUGCCAGCAAGCUGCUCGAUCUGGUUGGCAGUGUGCAGCGCAGUCGCUCGCAUAGCUCGUCGGAGGAGGAGCACAGCGACACCAAGUCGCCGACAAAGGCGCCCAGUUUGGGGCACGACAUUUGCGGCAUGUCGGCAGCAACGGCGGCCGAUGUUGUUGCCUCCGCUGUGGUUGCCGCUGGCACGUUGCCUUCGCUGGGCAGCCCAAACAAUGGUGGCGGCUCUGAGCGUUCGGUGCCCAGUGUCAUCAAGCUUGACGUUGAAAAUGGCAGCCUUAAUGGUGGAGCAGUUGGUUCGGUGGUCAAUGCAAAUGCAAUUGGCAACAGUAAUAACAACGGUAACAGCAACAACAGCAGCAGCAAUGGCAAUGUCAAUGGCAACAGCAACACGACUGGCAGCAACAAUAGCAACAACAACAACAACAAUGGCCUCGCAGUUGGCAGCAACAAUGGCAGCAGCGGCAGCGGCGCGGGCAGCAACAGCAACAGCGGCGAGAAAAAAGUGAAAAAGAGUAAGAGCAAAGAAGGCGGCGCAGUGCUCAUCGAGGGCGUUCUAUUUCGGGCAAAAUACUUGGGCUCCACGCAGCUGGUCUGCGAGGGUCAACCCACCAAAUCGACACGCAUGAUGCAGGCCGAGGAGGCGGUGUCUCGGAUCAAGGCACCCGAUGGCGAUGUUCAGCCCAGCACCGAAGUGGAUCUCUUCAUUUCGACGGAGAAGAUUAUGGUGCUGAAUACGGAUCUGAAGGAGAUCAUGAUGGAUCAUGCACUGCGCACCAUAUCCUAUAUAGCGGACAUUGGUGAUCUGGUUGUGCUGAUGGCCCGCCGUCGCUUCGUGCCCCAGGACAUCGAUGAUGCCCCCAAGCCGAAUCGCACGCCCAAGAUGAUCUGUCACGUGUUCGAGAGCGAUGAGGCGCAGUUCAUUGCCCAAUCAAUUGGCCAAGCGUUUCAGGUGGCGUACAUGGAGUUCCUCAAGGCGAAUGGCAUCGAGGAUCAUCGAUUUGUCAAGGAGAUGGACUAUCAGGAGGUGCUCAACAGCCAAGAGAUCUUUGGCGACGAACUCGAGAUCUUUGCCAAAAAGGAACUGCAAAAGGAGGUCGUUGUACCCAAAUCCAAGGGCGAAAUCCUUGGCGUUGUCAUUGUCGAGAGCGGCUGGGGCUCGAUGCUGCCCACCGUUGUUAUUGCGAACCUGAUGAGCUCCGGUGCGGCGGCCCGAUGCGGUCAGCUGAAUAUCGGUGAUCAGCUGAUUGCGAUCAAUGGCCUCAGUUUGGUCGGAUUGCCGCUCUCCACCUGCCAGACAUACAUCAAGAACACCAAAAACCAGACGGUGGUCAAGUUCACCGUCGUCCCCUGUGCUCCCGUCGUCGAGGUGAAGAUCAAGCGACCCGAGACCAAAUAUCAGCUCGGUUUCAGCGUCCAAAAUGGCGUGAUUUGCAGUCUGCUGCGCGGCGGCAUCGCGGAGCGAGGAGGCGUUCGUGUGGGGCAUCGCAUCAUUGAGAUAAACAACCAGAGCGUGGUGGCUGUGCCGCAUGAGAAGAUCGUCAAUUUGCUGGCCACAUCAGUGGGCGAGAUUCUGAUGAAGACGAUGCCCACUUCGAUGUUUCGCCUGUUGACUGGCCAGGAGAAUCCCAUUUACAUCUAAGCGUCAUGUUAAACGACUCAUCAGAUAGCGAUUGCGAUAGAGAGUGACAGCUAUACAGAGAGAAAGAGAGGGAGAGCGCGCGCGUGCAAUUUAGUCAGCAUUAUUGUUAACAAAACACACUCGAAACGAAUCAAGUUUAAAUGUAUUGAGAUAGUACGAGUAAUAUAUAUAUAUAUAUAUAUAUGUAUGUGUAUAGCUUUAGCCGAUAUACUUCUACUAUAUAUACACGCAUAUAUAUAGAGAAAGUUAUAUACAUAAUUUAACUAUCGAUUGCGUUGAAUUCUCCACUUGAUUUCCUAUUUAGGUUUUUUUUUUUUUUUUUUUUGUAAGACUAGACUAUAGCGAAGGGAAGAAUCGGGCAGAAUCAGAUGACAAAUAAACAGCGUAAACCUUUUGUUCCAAAGAAAAAAUACCAAAAAAGAAAAAAAUGAAAUAUAUAUAGAAUAUAGAUAUAAAUACAGAGAGAGAUUUGCACGCCUUUCUGCAAGCAAGCAAAGAAAAAGCUUAGAAAACUAAUAGAUUAAUAAUGGUGCGGAGACACAGAAAGAGAUAGAAAGUGAACGAGAAAGAGAGAGAGAGAGAGAGAUAGGCAGAGGUGGAGGCGUCUGCCUGGAUUCAGAGCGGGUAAUUAAAGCGAGUCAUUCAUUCAUAUAUAAAUAUGAAUUUAUAUGUAUAUCUUGAUAGCUAUUACGAUGACCUUUUUGCGAAAACGUCCUUAGCUUAGUCGAGUUGCGAGACACACAGAAAGAGAUAAGAGAGAGAGAAGGAGAGAAGCCUAGAGAAUACUAAAGAUAGUUACAGUUGCAAUGCCUCUUAAUCCAUCCCAUAUAUAAAUAUACCAUAUAUGCCUAUAUAUACACAUAUAUAUAUAUAUAUAUAUACACUACCUAACAUAUAUAUUGUAUGUAAACAGUUAUGUAAAGAACUAAACUUGCACAACAAGUAACCGAAAACAAGUAACGAAAAACUUAAACCGAAAUAACAAAAAGUUGAAACGUCAAGUCAAAAGUCAAAGGCAUUGCUUAUGUUUAUAAUCCUACAUACAAUAAAUGUACUAUAUAUGUAUGUAUGUAUGUGUUCUGCUUAUCCAUAUAUAAAGAGAGAGAAAGCAAAUUGUAAUAAAGUUCGUCGUCAGCAGCUUUACCAAAUUUAGAAUAGCAAAUGUAAAACUCAAUUGCAUUGCUGUAAACUUAACUCUUAAGUAUUUGUUUAUGUACUAUGUAAAUUUUCGAGCAGCGCCUAAGUAUUAACCAAAAGUUUCCAAAAGUUUCUGCUUCAGUUUCGUCACUUGGUUAAGUAUGCUUACUAGAAAACACACACACACUUAGAGACAGACGGACAGACAGAGAGAUACUCACACCUAUAUAGACAUUAGACGCUUCGAUUUCAAGAACCAUCUUCGUCCAAAAAUUGUGCUACUACUCGUUAAACACGUUGAUAGAAAUGAGAUAGAGAUAGAGAUAGAAUGAAAGUGAAAGAGCUGGAGAAAGUUAGAGAAAGUCAAGCUAACAUUUCUAUAUAUAUCUAUAUAUAUAUAUAUAUAUACAUACAUAUAUGCUAACUAUGUAUAACUAUAACUAUAACAUGCAUAAUACAUAAAUACAUAUAUAAAUGUGUAGUAAUAUAGCCAUACACACACACACACACACACAUAUGCUAUUAUUGCAUUUCUAUGUAAAAUACUCGCUUGACAACAACAACAACAACAAUGUGCUUAAUAUAGUUAAACAUUAAACAAACGGCAAAUUCAUGUACUUCAGCAUUUGCAUCCGCGUUUUUUUUUGUGUCUGGCUUUGAUCCGGUAGACGGGGCGCCACUGGCCACGCCCCACGCCCACCAACAAAUGAAUACAAUUAUAAAUUAAAAAAAAAAACAUUUAAAAAUGGCAAAAAAAAAUGAAAAUAUAUAAAUAUAUAUAUAUAACAAUAUAACAUUGAACAGCUUCAGCCGCCCAAGGCACAUCCAGCAAUGGGCCCCUUAGCACUAACUUUGGAUCAGCACGAAAAAGCCAAGCGAAAUGCAAAAACGAAAAGAAAACUCAAUGAAAAAAGCGCUAAAUUAAAUAAAAAAAGCAAGCAAGCAUAAUUAAAAAAAAAACACAACUUAAACAACAUAUAUAAGAAUAAAAAUUGUUUACUUUUUUUUGUGUAAAUUAUUUAUACAUAUAUGUAUAUGUAUAUGAAUGUGUAUGUAUAUGUACAUGCAUAACAUUAAUGAGUACAUAAAAAAAAACAAAAAAAUAAAAAAAAAUACAUACAAAACAACAACAAAUAUUUAUUAAAUAAAU